UCUAGUUCUUAGAAUUUUUCGGAGUGAAAAGGGUGAAAAGUGAGUAAAAUUGAAAGCUCGUUUUCCAUCGCUCUUGGUUUCAAUUCUUGACAAAAACAAUUUCUCGCGAUUAUCGACGAUUUUCCGAGGACUUCGUGGUUCACAAGGUGUAUUUUAAAUCUCAAAAUUGAUUGGCUUAUAGGAGCCGAGAGGUUAUAAGUGAAAAUGUCAGAAGGAACUGAUAAACCUCAAGUGGAAUUUCGCCUGGGGCCCGAUCCAAACGUUACUUACCCAAUUCGAGUACAAUAUUGUGGAAAUUGCUCCCUUCCCAUCGAGUACUGCGAGUACUACCCAGAGUACGAAAAAUGCAAGCAAUGGCUGGAGCGAAAUCUCCCCAACGAGUUUGAGAAGGUAAAACUAGUCGAAGAUGGAAAUACCGAGUCUGGCGGUGGUGAGGACGAGAAGAAGCGUCAGAAGAGGGGUGGCAAGGGUAUGCUAAAAGCCAAGAAGAAGGAGGAUGUGCCUAAAUUAGUGACAGUCUCCAGAGCCCCGCGGGGGAAGAAAAAAUCGGUGACUGUAGUCACUGGACUCAGUACAUUCGAUAUUGAUUUAAAAGUGGCAGCUAAAUUCUUCGGUAGUAAAUUCGCCUGUGGCUCAAGCGUAACAGGAGAGGAUGAAAUUGUAAUUCAGGGAGACGUCAAGGACGACUUGUUCGAUGUAAUUCCAGAGAAAUGGCCACAGAUCGACGAGGACUCGAUAGACGACCUCGGGGAUCAGAAGAGAUAAUUAAUCGAUUAGCUGAACUACUCGCACAAUAUUUAUGGUGAAAUUCCCUCGAUGUAAUGGAAUAUAAUUUUUUUCUCUCGUAAUAAGAUGUAAAUAAAUUGAAUCGUC